AUGGUUUUCCGGUCCCCCUUAGAGAUUUACCCAUCACACCUUUUCCUGCCUAGCCUUGCGGACCGGCCCCUGCUCCUGGCCGGUGCCCUUCCCAGAGCCCGGUCCCCGGAGGAUUUGCCAAUGUUUCAGCUGCCAAGCCUAAACUUCUCGGCCGAACAGGUGGCCAGUGUUUGUGAGACGCUGGAGGAGACGGGAGACAUUGAGAGACUUGGCCGAUUUCUAUGGUCCCUGCCGGUGGCACCGGGUGCCUGCGAUGCCAUUAACAAGCACGAGUCCAUCCAGCGAGCCCGCGCUGUGGUUGCCUAUCAUACUGGGAGCUUCCGCGAGCUGUAUCACAUCCUGGAGAACCAUAAGUUCACCAAAGACUCUCACGGCAAACUUCAGGCUAUGUGGCUGGACGCGCACUAUCAGGAAGCCGAGAAGCUCCGUGGAAGACCACUCGGACCCGUUGACAAGUACCGAGUACGGAAGAAGUUCCCUCUUCCUCGGACCAUCUGGGAUGGAGAGCAGAAGACACAUUGUUUCAAAGAACGGACACGCGGACUUUUACGAGAAUGGUACCUCCAGGACCCGUAUCCAAACCCCAGCAAGAAAAGGGAACUGGCACAAGCCACGGGACUAACGCCCACCCAGGUGGGCAACUGGUUUAAGAACCGGCGGCAAAGAGAUAGAGCAGCAGCAGCCAAAAAUAGGCUUCAGCACCACGGCCUGGGCCAGGGCAGCCUACGAUCUCUGUCCGAAGCAGGCUGCACCCCUCACAGCUCGGCCGAGUCCCCAACCGCCAGCGUGUCCAGCCUGAUGGAGAGAGCGGACGCAGGCACCAUCCUUUCUGUUACGGACAGUGACUCUGACUUUGAUGUUUAG